AUGUCUAAGGUUCUGUCUCACGAGGAAAGUGAAUCGAUAUUCAAGAAGCUCCGGUCCAACCCAGCUAACAAAGCGUGUUUUGAUUGCGGGCAGAAAAACCCUACAUGGGCUUCUAUCCCGUAUGGUGUAUACAUUUGUCUAGAGUGUUCUGCCCAUCAUAGAAAUAUGGGUGUGCACAUUUCCUUUGUAAAAUCAACGCAGCUCGAUGUGUGGAAGGAGGAGCAGAUAACGGCCAUGAGACUUGGAGGAAACGACAACGCUGCAAAGUUUUUCAAGGAGCACGGAUGGUCCAUGCUGUUGAAUUCGAAGCUCCAAGACAAGUACACCAGCAAAGCUGCCCAGCUCUACAAGCAAUACCUCGCCAAGCAGGUCAAGCAAGAACUCAACCUCGAGAGCACCCCCACUAUUGAUAGCGAUUCCACUCCCAAAGAGACGGUUCCUGAGCCUCCCGCAGAACCCCAGGAGACUUCCCCGCGUCCCGCGCCCGCCGCCGUUCCAGUCGUGAUCGGUUCUUCCUCCCCCGCGGUUUCUUCGCCGCCAAAAGGCCUGUUAGUAGUUGAGAACGUUGCUUCGAAGCCGUCCGCGGCUUCUAGCGGGCAGGGCUCGUUCCUUCUCCACGAAGACAAGCCCUCACUUGCCUCCAGCGGGAAUUCUCUCGCAAAGAAAAAGCCCGCCUUGCGGCGCGGUCUUGGCGGGAAGAAAUUGGGCGCCACAGCCACCAUUGAACCGAUAGCCGCGGCGAAGCCGACUUCCAAAGAGUCGCAGGCUGCGAAGCUGUCGACGUCGUUGGUUUUGGAGAAGAAGACGGAAGCCAGCGCGAGUUCGGCAGCACACGCAGAGACGCCUUCUGGAAUGUCAGCAGCAGAUCGGUUUAAGGGCUGCAAGGGAAUUAGCAGCGAUCAGUAUUUUGGAAGAGAUCAGUAUGAUGAAAGAGAAGGUCGGGAGAAGCUGAAGCAAUUUGCAGGGGCGCGUAGCAUCAGCAGUGCUCAGUACUAUGGGGAAACGAACACACAGAGCACACAGCCGUCGGUGGUGUCGUCGCUGACGAGUAAUGCCUACUCUUUGGGAUUGAGCGCUGCGGAGAAGAUUAAGGGCUACUUUACAUGGAUUGUUUGUUGGGAAUAA